GCCCUGCACAAAGCCGGCCGUGAAAGGGGAGGAGCAGAUGGCGAAUAAAGUAGCCGCGCGGUGUACCUCGCGAGCCAGUCGCCCGCAUUUAAGUAUCGAGGCUGUUCGGGCCACGGGAUAAGGAGCAGUCGCGGUGGGGUCUCCAACUCCGGCACACUCGGUGGACGAUCAGCCGCUGCAAUGGAGUAGACAGUGCAGAUGGGCGACGGUGCAUGAUAGGUAAAGGGACGAGAAGAGACCAUACGCUACUUUUUAUUUUCCUUCAGUAGAAUGAACGAGCGCCGCUUGCUGGGUUAAAGAGACCCUUCCUGACUGAGCUGCACAGCAAAAAACAACGGCGAACAAGCCCUCUCACGACCAGCGAGAGCAGCCCAACAGGACGAGAGAGACCCUGGCAAAUUGUGAUGAGCAUCUCUGUCCGGCUGGCAUUUUCUACGGCCGACUUGAGUUCACUCUGAGGCAGAGCGCACGCCGGCGGAGAUGUCCCGACACCACAACCGCUUCGAGCGGGAUUACCGCGGUGCUUGGGAGCGGCGGGAUCGCGGUGUGGCCCUUAACGGCCACAACGGCAACUGCAACAGUGGCGGCGGCUGCGUGGGGACAGGCGGCAACAACCGGCCGGGACUGCUGCCCUUGCCCGUCAUCCCCUCAUUGCUCCCCAGCCCUGUGACGGUCGCCGUGACGACCAGCAGCAAUGAGCUGGCGUGUAAACGCAUCGGCUCCAGUUCCAGCACCGCCACCGCCAAGGUGUCUGGACUGUCACCGGGGGAGAACCACGGCCAAGGCCAGAUCCUGGCCCCGGGGGUCCGAUGGGGGCAGACACCCAUCAAUCAGUCGACACCAUGGGAGACGGACGAGCCCCCGUCAAAACAGCUGCGGGAUAGGGAGGCCAACGCUCUGCCAUGGGUCCCGCCGGUGCCGGGCGCCAGUCAGCCGGCUCUUCUGGCCCACACAUACGGGAUGCCCCAGCCUGCUGCCUACAGCCCGGCUGUCACGGUGCAGUCGCCCCUCGUAGGGGUGACUCCUGCCCUGCAGGCCGCGGUGCCCCCACAUCACCCGCACAUAGCCGCUCACUUCCAACUGGCGGUGCCCUCGUCCCAGCCUCUCACCGGCAUGGUGAUGAACAUGGCCACCCAGCCCCCGUACUCCACCACUGCAUCCCCCAUGCCUGCCGUCUGUCAGGUGACCCAUCCCGUGCACGGUGUCAUGGGCAACGGUCACAUGUCCCAUCCCAUGAUGCAGGCGCCCCCUCUGUCUUCUGCCACCCUGCCGGUCGGCGCGCCUCCGCUGGCCAAUGGGCAAGCGGUUCCCCAAGCCCCACCCACCCUUCCGUCCAAUCAGGAGAGUCCCAACGGGCCACAGAUGCUGCGGACGGUCGGCAUGGGGAAGUACGAGUUCACUGACCCCUGGCACCCGAAAGAGAUGUUGAAGGAAUUGAACCAGCAGCGCAGAGCGAAAGAGUUUACAGACCUGAAAAUUAUUGUUGAAGGCAAAGAGUUUGAAGUCCACCAAAAUGUUCUAGCUUCCUGCAGCUUGUAUUUCAAGGACCUGGUUAAAAGGUGUGUGAAGACUGAGGUUCCUGUCACAGGGCCACAGGCAGACAUGACCCCCCCCACCGACACUCACACACUCGCUUCCCCUCCCCCCGCAGAGAAGCAGCUGACGGCGGCUAACUGCCUGGGCGUGCUGGCCAUGGCCGAGGCGAUGCGCUGCACGGAACUGCACAGCAUGGCCAAAGCCUUUGCCCUGCAGAACUUCCCCGAGGUGGCUGCCCAGGAAGAGAUCCUCAACAUCUCUAAUGAGGACUUCAUCAACUACCUAUCCAACGACAGCCUGAACACCAAGGCCGAGGAGGUGGUCUACGAGACCGUCAUCAAGUGGAUCAAGAAGGACCCCACCUGUAGAGUGCAGCAUGUGUCCGAGUUGUUGGCCGUGGUCCGGUUGCCCUUCAUCCACCCCAGCUACCUGCUGAAUGUCGUCGACAACGAGGAGCUCAUCAAGUCUUCGGAGGCCUGCCGGGACCUGGUCAAUGAAGCGAAGCGCUAUCACAUGCUGCCCCACGCACGGCAGGAGAUGCAGACGCCCCGCACCCGGCCUAGGCUGUCCGCAGGAGUGGCUGAGGUGAUCGUGCUGGUGGGGGGCCGUCAGGCCAUUGGGAUGAACCAGCGCUCCCUGACAGCCGUCACCUGCUUCAAUCCGCAGAGCAACAAGUGGUACCCGCUGGCCAGUCUGCCUUUCUACGACCGCGAGUUCUUCAGCGUCAUCUCGGCGGGGGACAACAUCUACCUGUCAGGUGGCAUGGAGUCGGGAGUGGCGGUGGCAGACGUGUGGUGCUACAUGUCCCUGCUUGAUAAUUGGAACCUGGUGUCCCGCAUGACGGUCCCCCGCUGUCGGCACAACAGCCUGGUGUAUGAUGGGAAGCUGUACACCAUCGGAGGACUCGGCGUGGCGGGGAACCUCGACAACGUGGAGAGGUAUGACACCAUCACGAACCAGUGGGAGACGGUGUCCCCGCUUCCCAAGCCGGUGCACUCGGCCGCGGCCACCGUGUGCGGGGGGAAAGUCUACGUGUUCGGCGGGGUGAACGAGGCGGGCCGCUCGGCCGGCGUGCUGCAGUCCUACGUACCACAGACCGACAGCUGGAGCUUCAUCGAGUCGCCGAUGAUCGAUAAUAAGUACGCUCCGGCUGUUACCCUCAAUGGCUUCAUCUUCAUUCUGGGUGGAGCCUAUGCAAGGGCCACCACCAUCUAUGAUCCAGACAAGGGCAACAUCAAGGCUGGACCCAGCAUGAACCAUUCCAGGCAGUUCUGCAGUGCUGCAAUCCUGGACGGUAAGAUCUAUGCCACGGGCGGCAUCGUCAGCAGCGAGGGCCCAGCUUUGGGCAACAUGGAGGCCUACGACCCCUGCAGCAGCACCUGGACACUCCUGCAAAACCUGCCCUGUCCACUCUUCAGGCACGGCUGCGUGGUCAUCAAGAAGUACAUCCAGAGCGGCUGAGGCGGCCGACGUAGCACAGAGACUCUUACCCAGAAAUCCUGGGGCGGGCAGCGAUGCCACAGGCCCCGCCCCACCCUGCCCUGCCAUCGGUAAACCCCUCCCACCUUCGAUCUGUACCGAAUGUAAAUGACAUUCUUCACCAUUUCGGUGAAAUUGAGGCCCAGAGCCUCAGCUAUGUAACAUAGUGUAACUUCACUAGAUGUUUGUACUGGUUUCAGCACUAGCUUGUCAGUUUCAUUAAAAUGUGGUAGCUAUCAUUUUCCCAUCUGUGAUCGGUUUUAUUAGGUUUGUUCCCCCCUCCUAUUACAAUAGGAUCAUGUGCAUUCCACGGGUACGUCUGGUUUUUAUCUGCGAUAACUUAGCAAACAAAUUACAGGAAUAUAACGACAGACUUUAGGAUUAGUCUGCCGCUCUCCAAGUGUUCACUCGCUGCAGUAACGGCCUCCUUGCUAACGGCUCCUGUUUAAACGAGGUUAUCACCAAACGGAUCCGAGGCUCACACCGCGAGGAUAACGGCACUGGGGAGAGGACCCGAUAGGUGGAGGACGUCCUGAGGAGCACUCGAGGCCCCAGUCUGUUUUCGGAGCUUGCAGCAUGCAGUAGAGACUACAGUGGUGGGGGGGGGAACAGCACAUGGUGGGGAGAUAAGAGCUGAAAUCUAAAGGGCUGGAAACAGACUAUUAAACCAUCACAGAGCCAUUUCUCUGCACUCGGCCAAAGCACAAAUAAUCAGAGGCUGAGGUUUACCACGCUCAGUAUCAGUGUAUUCCUCCAUUGUUUGUCCUUCCUUUUUUUGUUUUACAUUUCAUAAGGUUUGUUGGGGGAAUGUUGAAAUAUAAUUGCAAGGGUGGGGAGCAGGCAGUGCUGUAAAUUAGGAAAGGAAAAAAAUGUUUAUUUUAAAAAAUGAAUCGAUUCUGUAAAUGUUUUUAGAAAGCUGGGUAGAUGGACGUCUGUAAAUCUGUACGAAACUUAAAAAAAAAAAAUAAAGUAUGACAGAAAAUGA